AUGGGCACCCUUGCUACUGUUAGUGAUGUCCAUGACAACAUCAUAAGUAAGCUUGAAGGUACUUUUAUGGAGUCAUUACAUAUACAAGAUGCUCAGAAACCAAAAGAUGCGUCUGAGGUGGAUCAUAUUGAUAAUUGUUACGUGAAGGAGAACUUGUGCGGAGGUUUGGAACCGCAAGAAACGAAAUUAGAGAUAAAGUGCUUGAAAGAGUGUUCAACGUUUCCUUAUCCUGAUAUGAUACAGCCUUCAAGUUCGUCUGACGAGGAAGCAGAUACAUCACUCUCUAAGCAAUCUCCUCGUCAAAACUACUCGUGCUCAGUAUCUUUGCAAGCACCUCCGAAACUUGUAUCUGCCAUGAAGGGUAGCCGUGAGAAAGAGGGGGGAUCUCAAAUUAAAUUAACUGUGAAAUGGGCCCCUGAUGUGUAUGAUCCGGUACCUACGUUGUCAUCACAUACUGUUAAGAACAAGAAACAUCAGAAAUCCAGGAUGAAGAAGAGUGAAAAGAAAAAUGGAAAGAAGAGCCAGAAGGUUUAUUACUCUAGAAGAAGCAGCAGCAGCAACAACAAAGAUAAACAGUAUCGAAACAGGUGGCUGCAUUCUCGAGAUGAACUGUUUGAAGCUUCCACUGAAUUAGAUGAUCUUAGUGUUGCUAACCAUGAUUCCAACUGUGGAACUAGCUACUUAAAAGCAUCAGUUACAAAGGUUCACUGGCCCAUUGGAGAAGCUCUGUAA